AUGGCGGACACUGGUGUGGUUUGGCGAAAAUCACUUUCAUUUUUACCUGAAAUUUCGUAUCCAAAUGUACUUGAGCACUUAAAAGGCUGUGGUAAAAAGAACAUUGGUGAAAAAGGAUACAAAUUCUUUGCCGAAGCUUAUAUUCACGAUGUACAUGUUGCCAAAAUGCCAGGAAGUAUUCAUACGACGAAAGUCAAGGCACAGUGCUAUCGAAGCCAGAGGAAAACGGAAUCCCCGCAUUCAAUGGAGCUAGAAGUUGGGACUGAAGAUAAAAAAACUAAAAUAAUCAAAGCCAAAUGUUCGUGCAAAGCCGGGAAUGGAGGACACUGUAAUCACUUAUUUGGAUUAUURUAUACGCUGAAUCACUGGUUUAUGUUAAAUCUCAAUGAGAUUCCAGCAGACAAAACAUGCACAACUACACCAACUGCCUUGAGGACUACAAAAUCAAAUACAACAGAAUCAACUCAGCCAUCAAUAAGCACACCUGUGUCCAGGAAAACACAACCUGACGAUGCAGGAAGAAUAACAACAACGAAAGUUACUACUGUACAGAUUGUAAUCAAACCCACUUCUUUAAAAACAGCUAAAAUCAAAAACUCAACUAAGCUAAGUAAAAGUACGCCACUACCAAACAAAACCAAGCUUACAAUAAAGACCCCACGAGGAACUACUCCCACCAAUAAAGGGAAACCAGUGAAAGUUUGCUCGAGUGAAGAGAAAGAUGGGAUAUUCUGGCCAAAUACUCCCGUAAGACAAGUAGCUUUUCAACCAUGCCCGCGAAAUUCAACAGGAAAAGCUUCUCGUGAGUGUUGGAAGAGGAAAUCGAGUGGAGCCUGGGGCGAAGUGAAUUUAUACGGUUGCGUCUCUUCGGGAUAUAUGAAAAUAAAAUCCGAGAUAGAAACCUGCACUCCAGUGGGAGGAAACAACUGCUCGUCAUCUGAUUACCAGAAAAUCCUUCAAGAUCUGGUGAACAUAACAGCGCAGAGCAGCCAACCAGACCCCCUGCAAGGUGGAGAUCUUAUGAUCGCCGUGGAAAGCUUGAAGAAUAUUUACAACCAUUCCAAGAUAGUCAACGUGCAAAUCAAUAAACAGUACGUGGACACAGCUAGUAACCUGAUGACAGUCAAUAAUGCGAGGACCUGGAAACAAGUACAACAGAAAGAAAAUAAGAGUCUGGCGCUGGAUAUUGUGAGUCUUUUGGAAGGUGUUGGUUUUCGAUUGGAUGAUGCUAUUGAGAAAAACAUGAGUCGUAAAACUAUCUUCAUACCAUCAGUAAACAUCGCCAUGAGAAUCGACGUACUAAACUCAUCGAUAAAGCUUAGAGAAAGAGGAAUUCAAUUCCAGUUCAUGAACACGUCUGUUUCCAUUCCUGGUGAGCUGUUCUUGAAUGACGUCACAACCAAGGCUGUAACAGUCAUCUUGCCGACCCUUAGUCACGUGUUAACUGUAGGGCGUCAACCCGAAGAGAAACUGCUGACCAAUGUGACAGAAGACCAGGAAAGCAAUAGAUAUGGAACAACAGUGGUGUCUAGCACUGUUUUACCUAAAAGAAAAGUUCUAAAAGCACCGAUCAAAAUUCAACUAAAAAAUAUCAAGUUCCCAAACAGCUCCAAAGUUACUUGUGUCUCGUGGAGUCUGGGAAGCUCUCAACGUACAUGGUCAAAAGAGGGUUGUCAGCUGGUCGAAAAUGAGUCUGACAUGGAGAUGACUACCUGUAUCUGUAAUCACAUGACUCUGUUUGCCGCUUUUAUGGAUCCUUACGGAAAAGACGUUCCUGAUCAUCACAGUAUAGGGCUCGAAAUCAUUUCACUGGUCGGAUGUUCAAUCUCUUUAAUUGCUAUUAUUGCUACGUUUGUCGUCAGUCUUUUCCAUUGGCAGAAACUGAAGUCCCCAAGAUCAGAGAUUCUACUGAACAUCUGUUUUGGCAUCGCUGCUGUCUGCAUACUUGUCUUGGUAGAGAAACAUGCACGGAGAGAUAAGAUAUCAUGUAUAUUGGUAGCAAUAUUACUCCACUACUUUCUUCUAUCUGUCUUCACGUGGAUGCUGUGCGAGGGAGUCUUACUUCGUAUGGUAUUCUUCAGUGAUAUCACUGGUUCAGGUCGAAGCAAGAUGAGACACUUCUACUGCUUUGGAUGGGGAUUUCCAGUGCUGAUUGUAGGCAUAAGUGCAGGAGCGACAGGUUUAGAUGGUUAUGGUGAACCAAAUCAUCUAUGUUGGCUCUCUACUGUUGGUGGUCUUUCGUGGGCUUUUGUAGCACCAGCAAUUUGUGUAGUUUUGGUCAAUUCUAUUAUCUUAGUGUCUAUCAUGAAACGGAUGUUCGGGAUUCAACAAAUCAAAAAUAAACGUCGAGCUCAACGUAUUGUGUUGGGUGUCAGGGCAAUGGUUGUUAUUCUUCCCCUUCUUGGCAUCACGUGGGUGUUUGGGCUUCUUGCAUUCAGCUCCGAUACCAUAGCAUUCAAAUACCUUUUCGCAAUCUUCAAUUCUCUUCAAGGAGUAUUAAUUUUUGUCUUCCAUUGUGUUCUCGAUAACAAGGUUCGAGAAGCCAUAAACAGCAGUCAAAGAAGAAGGCAAUCAAUGCCAAUGUCAAUAACCAGAAUUCGCCCUAUUGGAAAGGAAGACAAGCCACACGAAAGGCAUCCCUCUCCCCCAGCCGUUAGACUCUUCUCUUUACAACGAGCUGAAAAAGAUCUAGACUCGAGUAAGAACUGGGGUGAUUUAUGGGCUCAACAGGAUAUAAAACACGCUGUGGAGAUGACAAAUGGCAAAGAUGAACGUGGAAAGACAGAAGAGAAUUAUCCUCGCACGCUUCGUACGUCAAGCUUGAAUUUUGAACUGACAAAUAAAGAAAUCCAAGGACAAGAUGGAAAUAUUGAUCAUCCGCAAGUUACGUGAUACCAUCUAGUCGGUACACAUGGCAAGUGGCUAUAGCUACUAACUGUAGGAUUCAGGACUCCUGCCAAUGGUGGAGCCAAUAAUAGGACUUGAAUGCUAACAAUGCUCAUAAAACGACUUUAAGAAAAUGUCGUAAAUUAUCAGCAAUUGCGGGCUUUCGACAUUGUUAUACUAGCCAAUCGAAACCGUUACAGUUGGACUCCACACAGACUGGUAGACGGCCUUCGGAGACAGAAAGGAACGCGGGCUCUAGGAACUCCAGCUUUUUUCAAACCUGAGACAUAAAGAAUAUUUUAUGAAAACAAAAAUACCUGCUUCCUGCUUUAUUCCACACAUGCUGGAAAUCCUCCUAUGCAGAUUUAUAUUUCUCCAAAUUGGUGACUUGAAGUGUUAUCAGUCAUUUUACUUUUUUCUUGGGAAUGAUAAACUUUAGGCAGCCUGCAGUGAGUAAGAGGGUGGCAAUGGGGGUAUACCCAAUUAUCAGUUAAUUAAACUUGUUUCUGGGGAAGGAUUUAAUAAUAAUAACACGGUUAUAUUCGCCAAUUCGUUACAAUUUCUCGACUUGGAUCGAGUGAACUUAUGACAGAAUUGCAAAUAAAAGAUGAAAAUAUAAAA